AUGACUCUGUGUUUGACUUUUACUUCAUCCCUUCGUGAUGGAUUUAUCUGCAUUGCAUUUCCUUUGUUUACAGGUGAAAAGUCCUCACAUUCACGCAUAACUCGUCCAACUUCAUUUAACAAUAGAGGAGAAAAAAAAAUGGCCAAAAAGGCGAAGAAGACCACUAAGAAGAACUCGCGGACAGUUCUUUCCGUAAGUUAUUGUGAAAAGAGUGAAGAAUUCCUCAGUAAAAUUUGA